UUUUGUUUAAUCUUAUGUUGAAGUAACAAUUGUGAAUCUUAUGCUUUCUUUACUUCUUAGUCCCAGAAUUUGCAUCACUUUCUGCUAUAUUUGGUAACUUGGCAAAUGUGUAGUGUUUGGUUUAAUGGGCAAGAUGUCUGAGAAGAAAAAAAACGAUUUUAUGUUGUUUAAGGUUAAUGGGCAUGUGCAAUUUUAUCGUUUUUCUUUCAAAGUUGGGGACUUGACAAGAACGAUGCCUAACUAUUAUGUGAUUUGAAUUUGAAGUUUUCAUAGGAUGUGGUUAAUGAUAGCAGGGGAUCUUUGUCUCUUCUUCCCUUAGUUGUGCUGCUGCAAAAAUCUUUGAUUUCUGAUCAAGACAGGUCCUUGUGCCUUAUCUUCUUCUAUUCACAUUUUCAAAAUUGGGUUUGUGUCAUUUGUAUGGACCACUUCCACUUGCUUGUGAUUUGUAUUCUAGUUGCAGUUUUCAGUGCAUCACUAGAUUUUUCUUGGUCCUUUAACUCUGAAGCCACCUUAUUUUCAUAUAUCAAUUAUAUCAUUCAAUCUGAUGCACAGAUUCUCUGUUUUUUUCUUAAUGGCUAGAGUUAUGUUAAGUCACCUCAGUCAUGUAGCCAGCCAUACUUCAGCCCCAAAUCUUUCCCCCUGUGAUUUCUAUUUCUGUUGAGGGUUGUGUUCUUAGAGCCUCAUCCUGCUUUGGUAGCUGAUAGAUUUUGUGUCUCUUACCAAUUACCAUGAAUCUAAUUUUCUUCUGUUAUGACUUAUGAUGCUACUUAGUACUUACUGCUGGGUUUGUUUGGUUCUUUUGAGAUAGAUACCCUUGAUAUAUUUUCUCUUUCACAUUGAGUAGCAAUUCAGUUAGUUUGAAAUCUUUGUAUCUUGAAGUUAUAUUGUUUUGUCAAAUGCAAUCCAGUUGUUCAGAAGAAAAGCAAGCAGUAAUAUUUUCUACACUGCAAUCUUUUUUCAAACACAAGAAGGUGGUAGAGUGGUUUCAGGGCUGAAGCUCGGACACUUGAUGGAUAAGUUUCAGAUCUGAAAUAGAAGUCAGGAAACUAUCUAUCAGCAUGAGUAGAAAGCUUUGUGACCAGUUAAAGCCAGAGAAGCCUUCUUCGUCGUAUGCUGAUCAUCAUCAUCAUGAAAUUAACAAAAGUGAGGGAGACAGUACUUUAAAAUCUACCGUGAGUCGCCACAAGCCAGGGCAUUGUGGUAGGGAAAAUGAAGAAGAUGAGCUGGUAAGGUACAUGUCCAAAUUGCCAGGGUUUUUGGAGAAGGGAGGAAAAAAUCGUGAGAAAGUUUUGAAUGUUGGGGUUAUUGAUUGGACCCGACUAGAACAAUGGAAGGAGAGUCAUAAACAUGUGUCGCAUAGAGACGGCAGGAGUUCAACAUCUAGUAAUGCAUCCUCUUCUGUUUCAACAGAAAGGUUAUCUGGUCAUAGUAAUCCUUCUGAUCAAAGAAAGUUCCAUCCAUCACUGCAAUCUCACUUUAUGGCAUCUCCAAUGCAAGGGCACUCUCAUGCUGUUGAAACCCCAAGAAGAAGUGUUGGAAAUUGUCAGAAUUUGAGAGGUAGCCUGAGUAAUAAGAACACACAGAGCAAAUCUGUUAGAGCAGAAGAUCAUCUUUCACAGAAGCAUCCUGACAGUAGAUUGAAAGGACACAACAUGAAAUAUUUGGAUCCGGAUAUUGAUAAGGGAAGAGGCAUCUUUCCAAAUAACCAAAUGCACGAGGCAGCAUCAUGUGCUAAACUGGGAAUAUCAACACAAGAUGAUGGAUCAGUAAAAACAGUGGAGACUUUGAGAGAACCAACUCAACCAAGUAUUGACAAUGUUGUGCAAGGUACGCCCAGGAAAACUGAUCCAUUUUCUCAUCUUUUGCCUAGAGACAGCCCUCAGAAUAGUCAUUGUCGAGUUCCUCAUAGGCCUCAGAAGUCAAAUACUUAUAGUCGAUUGAGCUAUUCUGAAAAGCCUAAGGAACUAUUUCAUGAAUAUCGCAAUCAUGAUAUUUCGCACUCCUGUCCACUUCCAGAUGAACUUAGCUAUAAUCGUCCUCAGUGUAAAGGGUCAGGAUGUAGUUCCACCGAUUUGGAAAGUACCAAACCUGGUUCUACUUCCUCAUCACCCUUAUCUACUUCCUCAUCACCCUUAUCGGUCAAAGUGGGAAUAAGCCCAUCCAAAUCUGGAAAAGCUGAGGAAAAGAAACAAAUCAUAGCCAAUUCUUCAUCUGCAAAUAAGCCUCUCCAUGGAUUAGAUCAAAAAGUAAAAUCUGAAAAUUCAAAAAGCUCUUCAGCUUUUCGUCGAUUAAGCAUCAGCAUUGGCUAUACAAGAAAAGAUUCAGAUUGUAAAGAGGUUGGGCACGUGUCAUGUACAAGCUCCAUAGCAGCUCUUAAAUCUAGUACAGAAACUAGUUCAGAAAAUGUGAGAGGUUGUGCUAGCUCAAAGAUUUCAAACAGUAAUAAACCUGGUGAUGAGGGCAGAAGCAUAUCAAGCCCUUUAAGGAGGUUACUGGAUCCAUUGCUGAAACCAAAGACAGCUAAGAGCAUUCACUCUUUAGAAUCAUCUCAGAAGGAUUCAGUGUUAACAAAUAAGAAUUGCAGGUCUGCUAAUGAGAAGUUUUCCACAGUACAGCCAGAGAAGGAAGUGGACAGGAUCCACAGGGUCAUUUGUAGCCCAGCUAAUACCAUUGGUUCUUCAAAGGACAAGAAGAAAAUCCCAUCAAUGACUCAAGCGCUUCUGAGAAUUGCUGUGAAAAAUGGCCAUCCCCUUUUCACUUUUGCUGUUGACAACUCCGACAGCAACAUUCUUGCAGCCACAGUGAAGAACUUAAGCGCGUCAUCCCAAGAUGAAUGCAGCUGUAUCUAUACCUUUUUCACCUCUAGGGAGGUAAAGAAGAAGAAUGGAAGUUGGAUGAAUCAAGCAAGCAGAAGCAAAGGUCCUAAUUGCAUUCCUCACGCCAUCGCCCAAAUGAAGGUUUCUGAUUCACGCUAUUAUGAUUUAACUAGCCAGAACAGUGUGGACUCCUCUACCGCGAAAGAGUUUGUUUUGUUUUCUGUGAAGCUGGAGCAUGAGGAUGUUCAGGGCAUUGAUUAUCAGCCAAUCGACGAGCUUGGUGCAAUUGUUGUCAAAGUACCUAAAGCUAUCAGUUUCAUCGAUGAUCGGCUUCAGGGAAGUCGCUAUAGUGAUAGUCACAACCUUGUCCAUGCAACGGUUGUGCUCCCGGGUGGGGUUCAUAGUCUUCCAAUUAAUGGUGGACCUUCCUCACUGCUGGAGCGCUGGAAAUCAGGUGGAUCAUGUGACUGUGGUGGCUGGGAUUUGGAUUGCAAACUCAAAAUUCUUGCUAGUGGAAAACCAAGAUCAUCCAAAAAUCAACUUGAUCUUUUUGUACAGUGGAAUGGACAAGAGCUCAGGCCAGCAUUCAGUCUUAGACCCUUUCAGCAUGGAAUAUAUUCAAUAGCAUAUGAUCCAUCACUCACACUUUUGCAAGCAUUCUCCAUCAGCAUAGCAUUACUGGACAGUAAGAUGCCACAUGGGCUUUCUGGAUCAAGAAGCUCCAUUGAAGGGAAAAUUCCAAGAGAGACACUAGUGGCGCAAACCGAGGAACUAGAGGCUUUUGGGAAAUUGGAGGACAUUCCUGCAAGUUUUGUUUCUUAUCCACCGGUCUCUCCUGUUGGUAGGGUCUAAUAUUAUGCUGCAUAUAGACCUAGAGUUACUAUAUUAUGCUUCCUUUCUUUUUUCAACAGAAGCAAGUAUUCAUAUUCAAAAUGUACCAUCUGAUGUUUUUUUAUAGGCAAAUGUUAGUUGUUAGUAAUGUUAGUAAAUGAGUCCCUCCUCAGAGUUUUCGAACCCUGGACCCUUCACCCUUCGUCUCACCCAACCCUUAUGUCCUCUAGCUCUCUUACCACAUGAGCUAAUCCUCGGGGACAAAAUGUACCAUCUGAUAAACCAUCAUUCUGAAAUAUCAUCAAUUAAAGUGUGAAUAGUAUGAGUAAAUUGUUAUAAUGCUAAACUUUUCUCAAAUUAUAGUGCA